CGUCUCCCCAUCUAACGUCCUACAUCACUGCCAUUUUACGCCCUGUGAUUCCGGUUUUUUAAUUUUCUCUUUCUAUCUGGUAAGUCCCAUUGCGGUUCUGUUCUCGUUUCGUUGUUCGCCCGGCAACAGGUCGUCGAACCAUCUCUGUCAACGUCGUGGUUACCUCACCUCUUCCUCGCCAGAUGAGGCAGGCAUUACAGCUACUUCUCCAGUGUGCUAUACAGGCUGCAUCGUAUAAAGGGCCAGGUGGCAUGGUUAAUCGUCAUCUUUCAUCUGCCACCUUUUCAGCUGGUGGUGAUUCGUCAUCCCUCCUUUCUCUCCUCGUGAUUCAUUUGACUCCAGUUUAUGAUGGCUGAUUCGGGAUCUCAUAGACUCGACCUUCGGGUCGGCGGGAAGUAUAGGCUAGGCAAAAAGAUCGGUUCCGGCUCAUUUGGAGACUGUUAUCUUGGGAUCAACAUCAUUUCAGGAGAGGAGGUCGCCAUCAAGCUUGAAUCAGUCAAGGCCAAGCAUCCGCAACUCGAAUAUGAAUCUAAGGUAUACAAGACCCUUGCGGGCGGUGUCGGUAUACCAUUCGUCAGAUGGUUCGGCACUGAGUGCGAUUAUAAUGCCAUGGUUCUCGAUCUUCUAGGACCUUCUUUGGAAGAUCUUUUCAACUUCUGUAACCGCAAGUUCAGCCUGAAGACCGUUCUUCUGCUCGCUGAUCAGCUGAUAUCGCGCAUUGAAUACAUUCACUCGCGUAACUUUAUUCAUCGUGAUAUCAAGCCUGACAAUUUCCUCAUGGGAAUUGGUAAACGGGGAAAUCAGGUGAACGUCAUCGAUUUCGGUCUAGCCAAGAAAUUCAGAGACCCCAAAACCCAUCUGCACAUUCCCUACCGCGAGAACAAGAACUUGACGGGCACUGCCCGCUACACAUCCAUCAACACCCACUUGGGAGUAGAGCAGUCUCGUCGAGACGACCUGGAAUCACUGGCUUAUGUCCUCAUGUACUUCCUUCGUGGCGCUCUUCCUUGGCAAGGUUUGAAGGCUGCCACCAAGAAGCAGAAGUAUGACCGCAUCAUGGAGAAGAAGAUGACCACGCCUACUGAUUUAUUGUGCCGAGGAUUCCCUAACGAGUUUGGUAUCUUUUUAAACUACACCCGCGCACUUCGUUUCGAUGACAAACCCGAUUACUCUUACCUCCGCAAGCUAUUCCGUGACCUUUUCGUCCGUGAAGGUUAUCAAUAUGAUUACGUCUUUGACUGGAGCGUCCAGAGGGGAGCUCAGGACGACAACUCGGCUGGGACGUCCAAGGCUGGUGCUGGACGAAGGAAGGUUGUUCAGGAAGAUGAUGAACAUCGUGCGAACGACAGAAUACUUGAUUCCAGGCUGCGCUCUCACACCCGUCAGGCGCUGCAGUCAGGCGCGCCUGGAGCCGUUGGACAACAACGCCGUGGACGUGACGCUGAACUUUGGUAA